CCACCAGCACGAUGACUUCGUCCCAGGUAGAGACCAUAAACUUCUCGAGCAUUUUACAACUUUUAUCCCUCAAAGGGACGUAUUUUCUGGUGUAUGCCUUCAUCUUUGGCAUGUCGAUCUGGGUAACGUUUUUUGGAGGCGUCAUCGCCUACCGGGCUUUGCCACGACAGAUGUUCGGUACCCUUCAACACAAGACCUUUCCGAUCUACUUCAAUAUCAGCAUCGCCGCUGCAACCUUUCUCUUGGGCACUUGGACCGUCUCUCAUUCGGUGCUUGACAACCUCACCAAGCCAUACUUCGCCGACGUGGCACAAGCGUAUACCUUGGCCACUGUCAUCCUCUUCCAGGGAACCAACACGGGGGUGGUUGGGCCGAUGACAAGCAGGCUCAUGUUUAAGCGCCACAAACUUGAGAAAGAAGAAGGCAAACCUUACACCGACCCUUCAUCAUCGCCGGAGAUGAAGGCACUGAGCAAACAGUUCGGUGCUCUGCACGGCAUCAGUUCACUUCUGAACCUCGGUGUGGUCUUCGCGCUCGGAUUCCACGGCCUGUGGAUAGCCAACAAUGGCGUCGGAGAACUCAGUCUCGGCCUGGACAAGUACUUCACCAAGUACACUUGAUUUGAUGAUAAGCGUCCACGGAGAGGGCAUGAUGAAUAGUGUAGGGUUUCUUCGAUUGUGUAUGGGUGUAACUUUCGC